GGCUAUACAAGAAGUGGACACAAUGCAAUACAUUCAACUGUCACUCUGUGGACUUCUGUGGAUGUGGCUCCCCUUGUGUCAUGGUUGGGCAAUAAAACCAGAUCCAAAUCGAAUUAAGGCCGAUGCAAAGAUGUUAUCAAGGACUUUAAUAACCAGAAUCCAGGAGCAUCCAAUCCAAGUAAGACAAACAACAUUCAAAAACCAAAAUAUUUGGGCCAUUGCAACAAUACAUGCAGUACAAGAGUGUUUUGUAAAAAGAUUAUAUUUUUAAUUAGUUUACCUUAUAUCAUGUACACGUGGUUCUAAAUUAUCAUAUAGCACAUAAAACACUAUAAAGCCAUAAAUUGAAUCUGAUGCAUCCCACUUAAAGGGGCACUAUUGUCACCAAAACAACUUAAGCUUAAUGAAGCAGUUUUGGUGAAUAGAUCAUAACCCCUGCAGUCUCACUGCUCAAUUCCCGUCCAUUGAGGAGUUAAAUCACUUUGUUUAUGAACCCUAGUCACGCCUCCCUGCCUAUGACUUGCACAGCCUUCCUAAACACUUCAUGUAAAGAGUCAUCUAAUGUUUAUCCUUCCUUUAUUACAAGUGCUGUUUAAUUUAGAUUUUCUUAUCCCCUGCUAUGUUAAUAGCUUGCUAGACCCUGCAAGAGCCUCCUGUAUGUAAUUAAGGUUCAAUUUACAGAGCAAGAGAUAAAUAAAAUGUAAGAUAAAUUACAUCUGCUUGAAAGUGAAACCAUUUUUUUCUGUGCAGGCUAUGUCAAUCAGAGCCAGGGCUGCAAUAACAGAAACAAAGUGAUUUAACUCCUAAACUCCUAAAUGGCAGAUAAUUGAGCAGUGAAGCAUGAGAGGCAUGAUCUAUACACCGAAACUGCUUCAUUAAGCCAAAGUUGUUUAGCUGACUAUAGUGUUCCUUUAAUCUAUAAAUAUUGCAAUGUUGUUUCCAUUUUUGUUUCUAGAGUGAUAUCCACAAAUAUAAAUCAUUACUAUAAUAUUACUAUAAUAUUCCCAGGGCUCAUCCAUCUCUGCUUUGCUCUAGUUCCUUCUGGAUAAGAAAUAAUAGUCUAAAUUAACAUGUAAGAUUUCAAGUGGAAACAUUUGCACAGGGGGUAACUAGCCAUAACUUUGUAUCAUUCAAUACAAUGGAAUCCUGAAGUGUAUAGAGAUAUCCCAAGGCAUAAUACCUAUACAGUUUAAUCACUAACAAAGUAUGAAUGGCAUGAUAAAAUGUCAACAAAUGGCAGCCAAGAGUGUCUGUGGGCAUUGUUUAUUUGUUUGCACUAAUUAAACGAGACCUACACUUCCCAGAAUUUGUUAACAUUAUAUUUACUUAAUAUAUGGAUACAAAUAUAUAUAUUUGUGAGGUGUGAAAUAUAAAAUGAAAUGUAGAAAUUAACACCUCUUUAUCCUGCAACUGGGCGUCUUCAUCUUAGCUUCCUGUUAAUCAUUGCUUGCACCUGGCAGUCAGCAUAGAGAAAGCAUACAGAGACUCGUAUUUCCAUUUGAAAUAUUUGAUAUUUGUUUAAUCAUUGGGUUUUAAUCUUCUAUUAAUCACUGAUUGAAUUCCAGGUUAUAUUUUCUCACUAUUACGCCAAAUUUAGAUAUGUUUAUGUCAUCACAGUAUUUUAUUAAAACAAUACUCAAGUAUAUUUGUUUAGCAUCCAUCAUCCACCCAAUCUUUAUCUUAUUAUGUUUUACUAACAGAUAAAUGUGACAUGUUUGAGACUCAUUAUAUGCCAUUGUCUUCCCCCCCCCCUUUUUUUUCAAAUCUAGUAUCUUUUCCCCAGCAACCUCAAAUUCAGUGGCUUGGACUUCAUCCCAGAUGAUCAAUUAUUAGAGAGCCUGGAGCACAUGGAUGAAACCCUUGAAGUAUUCCAAAAGAUAUUGUCUAGUCUCCCAUUGGAAAAUGUAGAUCAAAUGCUUAGUGACAUGGAGAACCUUCGUAGCCUCCUUCAGCUCCUCAGCAGCAUCAUGGGGUGCACAGCAAGAAAGCCCACUCAGACUGAUAGCUUGGUAAACCUAACAGAGGAAUAUGCCAAGGCCCCUUAUACUACUGAGAAGGUGGCACUUGAUCGACUUCAGAAAUCUUUGCAUAGCAUUGUCAAACACCUUGACCACAUAACAGGUUGUUGA